UUCUUUCAUAACAUCGCCAUCAAAACUCAAUUUGGUAUUUUUCCAAAUUGUCUUUUGAUUAGUUGCGUAUGAAGAGGGCUCGUCAGCAUUAUAUUCUCAUCAGAGCACAUUCAAGUAUUGCAUCGAUAAAAUGAGUUUAAAACUUUUUCAAAUAAAUUGCUUCCUAUUUUUAAUAUUUCUCACCAUUGCUUUGGGUGAUCGAUGGAAUUACGGAUUGAGUUUCAUAGGAAAUAGCUGCGCAUUUGUGAAGCUGGAUUAUGGAAAAUGUUCUAUUCGAAAUGUGAACAAGACUCACGCCGAUGCUGAUAUAAUUAUUAAACGCACGUUUCGACAGCCUUUCAUGCAAUUAUCGGUCCUACAAAUAUGCACAAAGAGAAGAAAAACGGUCAUCCUAAAGCGGAAAUUCGAAUUUUGUAAUGAAAAGAUGUUCCUGAUGACUGACUUUUUUUCACUUUACGUUGUUUCUAUAGUAAAUGCAUUUUUCAAUGGUGCCAAGAUAACAUGUCCAAUAACGCCACGGACACUCUCAAUUCGAAGUUUUUCAUUGAACUCCAAAAUUGUUCCUUUGCAAUUAUUCUACAGACCUGAUUGCGUCCUAAUAGUGAAUGGAACAUUUUUUGAAGGGACCGAAACAUCUAAUUUUCUUAUUGGUUCGUUUGCUUUAAAAAUGAAAAUUGAGAGAAGUACUUCUUGAAAUAUGAUGGAAUGCGGUAAAAUCAAAGAGAAUAGAAAUUAAUAGCAAUUAUUAUAUCAGUGAAAGGUUUAAAAAGAAACAGAAAUACAUGUGCAGUACAAAAAAUA